CUGUAUGCUUCACUUGAUCGCUGGACGCCGCGCUGCGUCGGCGAAGACUCAGGUCCCCGCAUCUCACAGCGCAUGCUCGCCUGUAUUCUGUUUACAAAUUACGAUAUGCGGGCGCGCUGACUAUUUUGCGGGGAUUCAAACAAUAUUUUUCUUGCUUAUCCCGUUAUAUGUGAAUCAGUGACAAUGUGGUUAAGUGUAUUAUUAGUGGUGAUUUUACUGUUUUUGAUUCUGUUGUUAACCGUGUUUCACUAUACGACUAAAGGAAGAAAAUAUUGGUUGUUACGAAAUGUACCUUACAGAGAACCAUGUCCGUUAUUUGGAAAUUUUGGAGCAACGUUCACUAUGAGGAGAAGCUACACAAAAAUGUUGCAAUUUUUUUACGAUAAUUAUUAUAAUGAGAAAUACGUGGGAAUUUUUCAAGCACGGAGGCCGACAUUAAUGCUCAUAGAUUUAGAACUGGUGAAAAAUGUAUUAUCUAAAGAAUUUCCGAAUUUCAGCGAUCGCAUAUCUGUUACGACCGAUACGCAGCGGGAACCAUUGCUUCGGAAUUUAGCUAAUAUGAGUGGAGCUGAAUGGAAAGCUAUGAGGCAGAUUGUAACGCCAACAUUUUCAUCGGCGAAAAUGAAAGCUAUGUUUCCAUUGAUAGCGGAAUGUGCUCAAACAUUAAAAAAUAGUCUACUUAAGGAGUCUCUCGCGGAAGUUAAUGUGCCCGAUUUUAUGACACGAUUUACUACAGACGUAAUUGGUAGUUGUGCCUUCGGAGUCGACCCUGGUUCUCUGAAAGAUCCCGAGUCUCCAUUCUUAAAAAUGUCGCAAAAAAUGUUUAAAAUUGAUCGUUCUACUGUUUUAAAACGCUAUUGUAGAACGUUUUUCCCAAAGCUGUUUAAAUUUUUGAAUCUCAGAACAUACUCAAAGGAUGUGGAAACGUUUUUCACAACUAUUAUUAAGAAAGUUCUCGAUGAAAGGCGCGCCACGGGCGUUCAAAGACAUGACUUCCUACAGCUUAUGUUGAACGUUCAGAAAACUGAAACAAGUUUCGUUAUGACCGACACAUUGAUAAUAUCGAAUUCGUUCAUUUUUAUGCUCGCUGGACUAGAAUCCUCGUCUACUACACUAUCGUUCUGUUUAUAUGAAUUGGCUAAAGAUAAACACAUCCAAGAUGAUCUCAGAACAGAGAUUGUUGACUGCUUAGAAAGGUAUGGUGGUAUAAAUUAUGAAGCAGUGUGUUCAAUGCGCUUGGUCAACCAAGCUGUACUUGAGACUUUACGACUUCAUCCACCGACGCCGCUCACGACACGGCUUUGCACCAGUGCUUGUACUCUGAAUGGCACAGAUUUAAGCGUUAGAGUAAGAGAUCCCGUGUUAAUACCUUUGUAUUGUAUUCAGCGAGACGCCCAACACUUUCCUAAUCCUGACAAGUUCAAUCUAGAAAGGUUUAAGGAAACAAAUCCUCCUGGAUUUUUGGCUUUCGGCGAAGGACCGAGGAGUUGUCCAGGCGCACGAUUUGCUCAAUUGACAGUUGCCGCGGCUCUUGCGGCUUUGCUAAGUAGUUUUGAAAUAGAACCUUGUUCCAUGACAACUUCCACUAUAGUCUAUGAUCCUAGAAGUGUAAUGCUUAAGAAUAAAGGCGGGAUAUGGCUGAAAUUUGUACCUCUAUAAAUAAAAAAUAAGUACUUAAAUGUAAAGAAGUUCCAAGCAUGUUAGUUUCUGAAGAUGAAUAAAUAACGCUUUCCUUAAUUAAUUAUAGUUUCAGUGUAGGUACUUAAAUUUUUAUCAAUAACAAUAAAACUAUUUUAUCACUUAAACUUGUUACUAAUUUACUCAUAUUAAUGUAUCUUUGCAAAAAACAUGUCGAUAAUUUGUUACCU